GUCCUUGUUAACGCGCUCGUAAUAGAUGUACGUUCCUAUUCUGUGUUGUUAGGAUUACAUUGGGCGAUGGCGGUGCGCGCACGUCUGCAUUUCGAUUCGAAGCAACUGGUGCUCACACAAACUGGGGGAAAACCUCAAACUGUUCCGUUGCGAGUUUUCACCCGAACGAGAAAACGGAUCCCUAACUCGGCCCAAAUCGGGAUGAUUCGAUUCAUUGAUCCCGAGGAAUGCUCCCCCUCGAACAUCGCUAAUGAAAUCAGGGAACAAAAAUACGAAGAAGACAUGCCCAGUAACGAUGAAUGGAAGCACUUGGUCGAACUAUUCGAACGAGAAAUUCCCGAAGAAUUUCAAGUGUGCCCCGACACCACCCGAAGCUUUCACGUGGAUGUCGAAGACAGCGCGUGCACGCCUCUGACGACCCAGGUGACGUGGACGGGCACUAGCGAGCAUCCCACGUGGAUCGAGAACCCGGAGCUGCUGAUCAUACAGGCUUGGAGGACUAACGUGGAAGGAGAUCUUCUUGGCUUUCUCUUCGGCUCGGUACGGCCGGGUCGCCGACAACUGAUUGCGCAGGAGCUCAUCGCGGCUAUCGUGCAAUUGGCGGACGAUCUCUCGCCUGACAUGUAUUCGCAAAGUGACGACAGUCCUGCUCCGCAUAUUCUCGAGCGAGCACUGGAUCCGUACCUUCAGUGGACUGCGUGCUUGGAGGAACCGAGGGACGAGGAUACGCUACCGUCACGGCAGGAGUAUCUCAAGCCGUACGAUAUCAUCCCUCACGCCUUUUAUCCGAGGGCGGAGGAAGUGGUGAUCGACGACAACGACGAAGAGGACGAAGACGAGGAAACAUCGGAGGAGGGAAGCUAUAGCGAAUAUAGCGAGGGUAAGUUGAGUGGAGAAGAAGAGGAGGAAGAAGGAACCGGGUCUGAGUGGGAAGCUUUGCCGGAGGAAGCGACGCGCACGGGAACGGAGGCAGAAGAUCCGGGAGCAGCCCGAAAGCGCGAAGAAAUUGCCACAGGGAAGCGACAGCUGGAGUUCGCCAGCGGAGCCAGCCUGCACAUCCGCAACGACCCGACCAGGGAUCCGGAGCCGCCAAAGCCCGAAGAUGGCGACCCUGCAGCCGCCACCUCAAGUACCGCACGACGGAGACAGAGCCGAUCCUCCUCCUCCUCCAGCCCCACCCGUCCCCCAAUUCGCCCACGUACCGAUGCGGGCGAUAGGCCUUCGUGCUCGCACGCUGUCCCGCCGACACCUUGACUUCCUUACCCUCGAGCAGAUCCGCACUCUCGUCACCUUCCCUGCCCAUCCCUUCCUUCCCCAUCUCUUCCGCGACUUAUUCUCUACCCGC